UGGCAGCUUCCGGGUUUUGUUUGGAAGCUGUCAAGAAAUUUAUGAUUGAUAAUGACUGUAGAGUAACUAACCAUGAACUGGUAACACACUUCAAGAGUUAUUUGAAUGAUCCUGAUGACAAAACUCAAAAGUUUAACAGAGAGAAGUUCAAAGAAUUUGUGAAUACCUUAGCUGGAAUAAAAACUGAUGAGAGAGGAGAAAAAAUUCUUGUAUUGAAAAAGAAAUUCAGACUAGAAAAUGUCAGUGCAGAUUCUUCAAGGCAAGAAUCGGGGAGGUCAGGGUCAUCAGGAGACUCACGAAUUCAGGAGACGGAUAGUGUUCCUAAAUCCCAGAGUGUCAGCAGUAGCAGUUCCAGCACUGAUCAGGGAUCAGAAAUUCCAAAUUCUAACCAUUUAUCCACAGCAUCAUCUGUUUCUUCAGCUGCCUCAACAAAUUCGGGACCAGUGACGUCAGAGGAUGACGUGAAUGCCUCCAUUGUAAGCGUCAAAGAACGAGCACAUCACCUAAAUCGAAUGGAGUCAGAAAGUGAACUGCAGAAAAUGACAGAAGGUCAAAGAGUAAAGGGACAGCAAAGUCCAAAUGAAAAAGGUGAUCCGGAUGAUGAAUCAAAUUCUUCUGGAAGCUGUUAUGUUUCGUUGGAUUCUGAGGAAAAAGAAUGGAUUGUCGUCAGCUCUACGUCAGAGUACCAUCCAAUUCACAGAAUGUUGACCAAAAAUCCAACCUUAGUUAAUGUGAAGGAAUUCACGAGUGUAAGUAUUUCUUUUUUUCAAAAUAACCCAAUGAAAAAUAGUGAGUUCUUUUAG